CUCUGAGACAGAUCCAUCCAUCAAGCUAUGUAAUUGCAUUGCAUAAUCCAUAAUUGAUGUAGGAGCAGUUCUCCUCCGUACGAGAAGUUCUGUCCUCGUGUACAGACAUUGCAUUGCAGACAUACUUUCUCGGAACCCAGUUUGAUUUUCAUGACUGGAUUAUCUGCACGAAAGGCUGAUGUAAGUAGGUAGAUAUUCGCAGUAAAUCAGUCUCCUCUUUAUUGCACACCACCACUUGAUCUAAUUUACUUUCUCUACAGCCUCCGAAAUGAUAUUAUUAUUAUUCCCGUGCGUCUCUGGCUGGCUGGUUGACUGGCAAUUCAAUUCAUUUCGCACAUAAAACGUGGCAAGCAGCAGACCUACAUAAUUUGUUGUAUUUGUUCCACGAACGCUGGUGGUGAGCUGCCUGCGGAUCUUUUGCACUGCAGGAGUGCUUAUGCUUUGCUGGAUGGAUGGAUUCUUAUUCAGUCUGCAAUUGCGAAUAGAUCGAUAUGCUUUCACCAGAGAAAAACACACAAUUUGGGACGGUGCAGUUACACAGUUGGUGAAAGUGGAGAAAGCCUGACGAACACAACAAUACACGUUCCGAGUCGCAGAGACGAGGAGCAGCAGUUGCAGCAGCAGGCCGUUUAAAAACUAUUUACUCUCUGGUCUUGGUGUAAUUCAUGAAAAUAUUUAGCUCCAACUUAUAUAAAUUACGCAGCUGGGUGAAAGUAUUUUUAGCGGAGAAAACUAUCUAAGCUCUCUCUUUCUCUCUCUUAUACGUACAAUUUUACGGGCUUCAUUAUCGACAUAAAUAUUGCCACAUUUUUGUAUUUACGACGUAAAAUUAUAAUUACCUGAUAAUAAAAUGGAGUCGAAUGACUACUUUUCUGUGGAGUCGUGCUCCUGGGAUUUGACGAUGAACAUGGCCACGAACGUUUUUGGGAAGCUGUUUCUCAGAAGUACGAGCAGUUCGUCGAGCACGAUGCCAGAAGCGAUUGACCACGUGGGGAUCAUUGUGUACAAUAGGUUGCUGGAAUAUGGGCACAGCGGAGUCCUCAAGAGCUCGAUUCCACGCAAUGGGGAAGACCCCAUGCCCCAGUAUCCCGGAUGUAAAUUGAGAAAGCGAGAAUUUCUGGGAAAGACGUCUAAAAAACGACACGAGUUUGUCGAGUGGUUGGUCAACAUGAAGUAUGAGAGGUUCCGAGGAAUCCAUUACGACAUGAUAAACCACAAUUGUCUGGAUUUUUGCCAAGCCGUGUGCAGAUUUUUGGGUGUACCUCCAUCUCCAAAUUGGGAGAAAGUUAGCAACUGGGUGAAAGCAAACCAAAAAUUAGCGGACGUUUUGACGCGAGGAUUUCGAGCUCCCCGACAACUGCGAGACUGUCAGAGGUCUGCGUCCCUGCAAGAUCCGCGACCCUCUCAUUCUGCCGCUGCCACUAAUGGUGAAGGGGACAGUCCAGACUAUGCGUCCUGCACGGCAGGUUCCGCGACCACGAGAAUGGCUCCUCCUCCCCCGAGAACGAGGCGAUUCUCUAUUUGCAGCACCCCAAUGCGGCUGGGUGGACGGGGAGGCAGGUUCAGGUCGGCAUCGAUGGAGACGUAUACACAUUGUGGUUGGAUGGACCCCACUCCGAUCUGCUUGUUUUUCCCCAACAUGAGAGCCAUCAUACAAGAAUGCCGCCGACGUAUGAAGAAGCACUCGCCAUGACCGGGCCAGCACCAAAGUAUGAAGACCUCAGCAAACCGUGAAAACUUAUGCCCUCCAACGAACAACGUUGUGCAGACGAAACAAACAAAUUACAAUUUACUUAAAAUACUCAUUAUACUAUCUCAUUUACAUAAAUACUUAUGUAUGUACAUAAUUACAUCUAAACUAAUUAAUUAUACAACUGUAACUACAGGGGUGGGACAGAAGAAGGAGCCACUUGAAUUUUAGGGGUGGCGUGUGAUGCACAGUCGCGGCAUUUUCAAAAUUUGCAUAUGUCAUACCCAGAUAGUUAACGAAAAUUUAGCACUAUUCAGAUUUUCCCUACGGUUAAAAAUGCCCCUGCAGCACCCCCCAGAGUGCGAGGCACGCAUAAAAGUGUUUUCCAAAGACAUACUGAGCCAGAGAGCGAUUGUUAGAAAAUUUGCUGCAAAUGGAUUUAUCGUCGAUCGAAAGUACGUUUCUAAUGUACUUAAAAACGUUGGAAUCAAGCGGAGGGAAAAAGCGGUUAGAGCUCCACCCCCACGGAAAGGAUCCCCAAGAUCCGCUUGAACCAAAAAGUUUAUCCGGAAAAUCAAUUUUUCGCCAAAACGGUAAAUCCACCAACUAAAAGUUGCAUGGCGAAAAUGUUAAACGUUAGUAGGAGAACAUUUCUAGAGUCAUUCACAAUGACCUACAGCAAGUGACUCGUAGGAAAUCCCGAGAUCAUGCUCUCAUCCCAACUUAUUUCUCACAAAA